GAAGCUCUGGGUGGGCCAGAUGGGCUCCUGGUCGAGGAACUGAAGGCGUUGGGUGUCCCUGCGACGACUGCAGGUGAGGCGAAUCUAUCAGCACCUGUGUUGGAGCAUGAAGCCAGAGUCUUCCUUCGCGAGAAGAAGUCACAAAGGUACCUGUCCAUAAUCAGCUCAUCGACUGAUGCUUGCAUCAUGAUGACCGAGCUGCCCGUCUCGCUUUUCGUGUGCUACUUUCUCGGCAAAGGCCUCUCGAAGGCCUGCGGCUCCUUCAGCACGGAGGUCUCGGAGGAGACGGAUGUUUCGUCAUUUUCUUCGCAGUUGUCCAAGUCAAGGCUGGCUGAGCUCGAAGGCGAGACUCUGGAAUUUGGCUUGGCGCACGAGGGAGUCCCGUCCUGUGGCCGCUUUCUGGGCUCCCGAAGGCGCUGGACAGAAGUGGAGCUUUGCUGCUCCAGUCGCAGCUUUGGCAAACGUGAGCGCUGGAGUCGUGGAUCAGGUGCUUCCUUGCAGCACCAAUCCAGUGGUUUGUGGCUCUGCGUGGACCCGUGCAGUCCGAACAAAGUCAGCUUGAGCUCGCAAGAGCACAGUGCUUGGGAGGCUGGGGCAGGGUCUGGUUAG